CUCCGAACCUUUCACAAGAUAAAAUAUUUAAUAUAUUAAUAAUAAAUAUUUACAUACAAGGUUAUGAUACUUUUCUUUAGCCGAGAGCAAAUUAAACUAACAGUUCACCAUGGUUUUAAUGAAAGGUUCUCAAAUUCCUAAAGAUGCUGUUGUACUCGAUGAAGUUGAAGCGAUCAGUUAUGUAUGGGAUGUUGUGUCAAAAUGGGAUUCGUGGUCAGACAUAUGGGCAUUACGAUACGGCCCAAUGGUCCUGGGGGCUAUUAAUUCAGUAAGCGGUGUUAUUAUAAAUAAUCACUACAGAUGGAAACUGAAACUAGGAAAUUAUGGAUAUUUUUCAUCAACUUUGCCUCUCACUGUGAUGCCUGGCAUUUUAACACUUAUUUUUCAUAAACAUCUCAUAUCAACAGACUUGCUUUUAAUGAAGAAUGAUACAUGCCCUGUCUGCUAUGAAGUUAAAUCAUCAGCAAUACAAAUAUCUAUGGGUUUAUUAUAUCCCAUGGUACUGGCUCCCACAUCAGCUUUAAUGCUAGCCAAUAGAUAUGCAACAUACAGAGUGCCACAUCUUUUCGAAGGCCCUAAGGUUAUGUUUGGUUUUUUGAAGAAGCAUACAAAACCAUUCACUGGUACUUUAGGAUAUAUUGCUUUAAUCCAACUUGCUGCCUCGGCCUUCAUUACCUAUUUUGAAAUGAAAAAUACUUUUACAUUAAGGCAUAAAAUAGUGGAAAUAGAAAAUAAAAUGGAGCAAGAGUUAAAUGAUAAUAAGAUAAGACUGUAAUUUAUUUUUAUAGGUCGUUAAUAUAGUUGUUGAAUUUUGUAAUGUAGUUUUAAUAUAGUGUUUUAUCAAUUAGUUUCGGAUUUAUUAUUUGUGUUUAUUGUUUAUAGAGUUGGCCAGAAUGAAAAUUCUCUGUUAUAUCAUUGAAGAUUUUCGAACGAAUUUACAGUGAAGCGGCGCAACGUUUUCCGAACGCCUCUCGUUUUGGACAAUCUUUAACAUAAUGGUUUAGGGCCGAGAACGCAAUGCUGCUGAAAAUUAAAGCAGAUACAACAAUUAAAUUGAGAGAUUCAUUAUCAUGCAAACCUCUUCCCGAUGUAGUUUUUUUAUAUAACGAUCAUAAACACAAGAUAAUUAACCUUGUCGGUACUCGUCGAGAGUAUACAUAACUCGCUUGGAAUUCACAGCGCACUUGAUUACUUUGAAUCCGAGGAGAAGUAAGAGUUAAUACAAUGA